AUGGCGCCGCCGCCGGAGGAAGAGAAGCCGCUGCCGCGGCCAGAGCCAGAGCCAAAGCCGCCGAAGCCCAAGCCGAAGGUGCCGGAGCCGCCGAAGCCCAAGCCGGCGGGGCCGUUGCCUGAGCGGGACGGGGACGGGGACCCCGCCGGCGUCGUCGCCACCACGUCCCCGCCGGCGGACCUCUUCUGCGCUGACACCUGCUCCGGCGCAUGCGCUUACUUACCGCACUGCCAGCGGUCGCCCCCGCCGUCGUCGCGCGGGACCACCUUGCACCUGCGCUCGAGCCGGCUCCCCACCCCGCUCAUCGCGCUCUCGGCGUCGCUCCUCGCCAUCUCCGCGGUCCUCCUGCUCGUGCUGCUCGUCCACCGCCUCGUGGCGCAGCGGCGCAGGCGGCGGCGGGCGCGGGACGCGGCGCUGGCGCUGGCUCACCACGGCGAGGAGGGAGGAGGGGGCCACCAGGUGCUGGCUGGCGCGGUGGCGCAGGAGGUGGGGGAGGAGGAGGCCGACGGCGGCGGCGGCGUGCACCACGUGUGGUACAUACGGACCAAGGGCCUCGACGAGCGCGCCAUCGCGGCCAUCGCCGCGGUGGUGUACGACGCCAAGCAGCGCCGGGGCAGUGGCGGAGGGGGCACCAACGGCGACGACGGGGACGGGGACGACGGCAGCUGCGCGGUGUGCCUCGCGGAGUUCCGGGACGGCGAGACGCUGCGCCUGCUGCCGCGGUGCGGCCACGCGUUCCACCGCGGGUGCAUCGACACCUGGCUCCGCGCCCACGUCAACUGCCCGCUCUGCCGCGCGCCCGUCCAGGUCGCCCUCGCCGCCUCCGCCAACAAUCCUAGCGCCGCGCCGGGCGCGCUCGCCGCCACGCCGGGGGCCUGGCAGGAGAGGAAUCUUGUUGGCGCCGUCGGUGGCGUUCAGGCGACAGAGGAGACCGCGCGCGGCGGCGGCGUGCCGGACCGCGCCGUCAGGAGGGCCGCGUCCAUGGUGGCGCUGCCGCGGCGGGCGUGGCCGGACGUCUCGAUGCGGGCGCCGGCGUCGAGCAGCGGCCGCGAGGAGGACAUGACGGGGCUCGGCAAGAUCAGCCGGCUUCUCAAGUUCUCGGACGCGCUGGAGAUGGCCGGAAUCGGGGUCGAGCGGUCGGUCUCGUUUGGCGCCGGGAGCUGCCAGCGCUUGCCGCCAAGGUCGGGGCCCUCGGCCGCCGCAGGCGUCAGCGCUGACGAGACGUCACAGUGA